AUGCAAAUUUCUCAUUUAUUAAAUCCAGAAGAAUCACAUUCAUGGACUUAUAAUUUAGAUAAUAAUGUAUUAUUAAAAAUCAUACAAGAAAAUAACGAAAAUUAUAAAAUUUUAAUUCCACAAUUAGAUAUUACAGUUAGCGCACAGUUGUCUCAAUCAAAAAGUAUUAAAAAUCCUUUUUAUAGUUUGAAUUUAGUAAAAUAUAUGGACAAAGUAUGGUGGAAGACGAUUAUUUUAUGGAGUAAUUUGGUUCCUGCUGUAAAAAGCAGAACAAGACGUACAACAGCUACAGUUGAAGUUGAAAACAAUAUUGUCAAAAAUUUAGACAUAGGUAAAAAAAAUUUACCUAUUGAUCAAUAUAUUUAUACUAGAACUCAAACCUUAAAAUCUACGCAAAAUCUAAUUGCAGAGACGUUAAUGCGUAAAAAAAGUACAAAUCUGCAAACAGAUACAAAUGAUAUGUAUGAACAAUGGAAACCUAAAAAAAGAAAGGUUUUCUCAAAAGAAGAAACUGAUAUUAUGAAUAAUUUCAAGGUUGUAAUGGAAUAUAGAAAAGGGCUUGAUGCUCCAAGCCAGUCAAGGAUAGCACUUGAAAUUAGGGAACUUUCGACCCAUUCAAUCGGAUUUAAUCAAUCAAUGGUUUCACGUAUAUUAAAUAAUAUUGAUAUCCCAAAAUGUGAUAAGACGUUAGAUGCAAUUGUGAAAUGGGUUAAUUUAGAAUUAGAAAGGAAAGAAAAGAAUCAAACUCAAAAGCUACACUAA